CACCACUGGACGUUUGAGGUUACGGUGGACCACGCAGGGCGACCGCGCCCACAUUGGUUUUUUAGGAGCAAAUUAAUUGAAAUUUGGGGAUGUUUUCCCUCCCCAACCGGUCCAGUCGAUGCGAUUGGGCUUGGGGAGCGCACUAAAUAAUUUUCAGGGGUGGGCCCACCCUUAUUAAUUAAUUAGCAGCGGCCGCGCCCAAGCCCCAAAGGGCCUAACCUGCAACGUCAGUCAUCCCCAAACGUCACCCUUGACAGGCGCUUCAGUGGGCAGUGAAAGUUGGGGGCUUUUUAGCGCUUUGCGGGCAGUUCUGGCGACUUUUGCACGCGCCCCGGUAUCAGCCAGUACAGCGCCACUAAUUCGCCUUCACUCCGGCAGGCUGAUUCAUUGGAUAAACCGGCCAUUAGAGUGUCUGCUGUCAGGUUCGCAGGAAGGGGGCCCCCGUUUCUAGAACAUGGGAAAAUCGGCGACAGUGUUUCCGGCGGCCGACUUCGAUAGUGAGGCGGACGCCAAGGCGCUGCGGGAGGCUUUUAAGGGCUUCGGCACCGACGAGGCCACCGUGAUCGAUGUGCUGGUGAACAGAAGCAACGAGCAGCGCCGCCAGAUCGCUGCCACCUUCAAGACGAUGUACGGCAAGGACCUGAUGAAGGAGCUCAAGUCGGAGCUGAGGGGCAACUUCGAGGACGUUGUGGUGGCCCUGAUGACCGAUCCGGUCGAGUUCCAAGCCAAAGAGCUGCACCACGCCAUCAGCGGCUUGGGCACGGACGAAAUCACCAUUGUGGAGAUUCUGGGCGUGUACGACAACGAGGCUGUCGUCAACAUUGGCAACGCCUACGAGGGCCUGUACCAGACGUCAUUGGAGGCGGACAUCAAGGGCGACGCCUCCGGCCACUUGAAGCGCCUGCUCGUGUCGCUGGCCAAUGGGCACCGCGACGAGUCCGAUCAGGUGGACGAGGAGGCGGCCAGAGGCGAUGCGCAGGCGCUGCUUCAAGCCGGCGAGCUCCUAUUCGCUGGCACUGACGAAUCAGUGUUCAACAUGAUACUCUGCCAACGGAAUCGGGCGCAACUCAGGCGCAUUUUCCACGAAUACGAGGAAAUCACCGGCCAUUCCAUCGAGCAGGCGGUGGAAAACGAGUUUUCCGGCACCGUCAAGGACUCGCUGCUCCAGCUGGUGCAUUGCGUGAGGGACCCAGUGGAGUUUCUGGCCGCCAGACUGCACGACGCCAUGGCAGGCAUCGGCACCGACGAUCGCACUCUCAUCCGCAUCGUGGUUGCCAGAUCGGAAAUCGAUCUGGGCGAGAUCAAGGAGGUCUACGAGGCGAAAUACGGAAAGUCGCUGGCGGAGCGCAUUGAGGUAGGCGGCCUCCCCAUUGGUCGAUUAAUGCCGCUAAUUCUCGCCAAUUUCCAGCAGGACUGUUCCGGCGACUACAAGCGCACCCUGGUGGCGAUUGUCAGCUAAUUUAAGUCCAAUGCUUUAUUUUCAGCGGUGGGUGGUUUGCUUUUCUAGGUUAGGACCAAAUAUUCUAUGCCAAUCUGCGCCUUAGUUCACUACAGUAGCUUUGCAUGUUUAUAAUCAAUCAUGAUAUUAAUAAUAAUAAUAAUAAACGCUUGACGGCCA